AUGGCAACAACGACGGCAGCAGAUACGGGACUUAUAACAGCCAGAUUCAGAUGUGGAGCUAGACAUAUAAACAUCAUACAAUGCUAUGCCCCGACGGAAGACGCCAAAGUCGACACCAAGGACGACUUCUACACUGCCCUCACAGCAACCCUCAGCAAGACGCGGCAAGGUGACAUUAACAUCCUAAUGGGUGACUUUAAUGCGAAAGUAGGCCCCAACAACACCGGACUAAGAUCUGUCAUAGGCCAACAUAAAACUGGGACUCGCAAUGACAACGGAGAGAGAUUAGUUGAACUCUGCCAGCUAUUCCAACUGGUCAUCGGCGGCACAAUAUUCCCACACAAAGAUGUUCACAACUACUCCUGGACAUCUCCUAGUGGUAACACGCGCAACCAGAUCGACCACAUUUGCAUUAGCAGGAAAUGGAGACACUCACUACUGGACCCAACACCGACGAGCGCCCCCCUGAAGCUGCACCUCCUUAGCGACUCCACUCUGAGGACGAGAAUGACGUCCACAUUGCGGGAACAACUGAUCCCCCUGGAAGACAACCCAUGGGAGCACAUCUGCAGACAGCUAAGGACCGCAGCUGAGCAAAAAAUUGGGCUGCAACAACGCGGAAGAGAAGACUGGAUAUCUGAAGGAACCUGGGACCUGAUUAGAAGGAGGAACAAUCUGAAGCCUCUGGCGGACCAGUUCACACAGAAUCGUGAUGAAUAUCGCGAACUGUGCAGAGCUGUGAAAAGAGGGGCCAGAAAGGACAAACGAGCGCUACAGGAUAGACUUGCGACAGACGUAGAACGAGCAGCCGGCGAGAACAGCAUGCGCUCGUUAUACCAGCAGAUUGCACGGAUUGCCGGAACCCACCAGAGACGGAACUAG